GAUUCAGCAAAGAGUGAUUGCUUUGAUGUGGGUGUAAGGCCCCAGCUGCUGGCUUUUACAGCGAGGGAAGUCGGCGUGUCAAGGGAACGUCUGCCUCGCACCUCGCAACUACAUAAUCACCUUGAAUUUCAUUUUUGAUCGUAGCUUAGUACUGGUUUCUACUGUAAAUCCUAUGAUACGGAAAAGGUCCAAGAGAAUCGAAGGCGGCCGCAGAACAGCUCUGAAUCGCACUCGGUUUGGGUCAUCUCAUCGAGUAGAAGCACCAUUCAAUUCACCACCAAAGAGUUGCUGCGCUGGGCCUGCCUCUGGUGAUCGUAACAUCACAAAGUCUUUCCGGUUUUGACCUUUUGUUGAGGUCCUCCGUUAUUUUUCAGAAGAGGACAGACCAUCGCUCGUCUUUGAGUCUUCUUGUUGUCCUUUGGAGAUUGGAGCUGUAGCAGUAUCAAUUGCUUCGUAGUAGGGCCGGUGGACGUUGACGUGACCUAGCCAGUUAGAGCCGGUGCAACAUUUCUACCCGAGGUUUGACCCCGAACGAAGAGUGAUAGACUAGUAGUACCAUAGUAGUGCCAAUAGAAGAGCAAUAACAAGACAGAUGCAGCACCUUCAGGAACAGCUGCAGGCUCAAUACGGUCGACAGCAGCAGAACCAACAGCAAAACCAUGGCGGCAAUCAAGGGUUAAUGGGCUUCCCUGGGAUCGCAUCAGCCUUGACCGAUCCGCAGCAAGCUGCGGCAAUGCAGCAGGCUCAGUUUGGAGCACCCAACCAGAACCAACAGCAGUGGCAACAAGGUCUCGGUGAUCAAGGCAACUCUCUGAACAACAAUGCCGCACUGGCCAUGAUGCAGCAGCAGCAACAACAGCAGCAACAGCAGUUCGGAGGAAUGGGCGGAAACAACAUGUUCAACUUCAACGGAGGAGGAGGAGGAGGCGGCGGCGGAGGAAUGCAAGGCAAUCAAGCUGCUGGAAUGUCUUCCGCAGUUGACGCUAGUUCCGCAAGUAGCGCACAGCUGGCUGCCUUUGUAGGAAUGGGUAUAGGCGGAAACAUGGGUGGAAAUGUAGCUCAGAAUAUGGGUGGAAAUGCCGCAGGAAAGAAUGACAUGAUGGCCACUUCCAACAUACAAGUCUUCCUCCAGCAGCAACAAAACCAACAACAGAACCAGCAGAUCCCAGGAAUGGGAGGAAACAGUCUUCAUGGAAUGGGACUCAACCAACAACAGCAAUCCAUGAUGGGAGGAGGUAACCAACAAGCUGGAAUGGGGAAUCCAAAUGGUGGUAACGCCAGCGCACAAAUGCUACUUCAGCAACAACUUGCCAAACUACAAAGGCAAUUCCAAGGGCAGCAGGACAACCACCAACCGCAAGGUGGAGGAAUGGAUGCAGCUUCGCAUCGCGGGUCGGAGGCCGCCAGUAGUCUCCUACAAGGCCAGCAACAGCUACUCCAGCAAAUGAGACAGAGAGGAAGCACCACGAGUCUACAGCAGAUUCAGCAGCAGCGCGGUAGUGCCACUGGGGCUCAGUUACAGCAACACAUGCAGCAACAUCGAGGGAGUACCAAUUCCACUAUGCAACAGCAAAUGGCUCAGCAGCAGAGACAAAUGGCGCAAAGAGGAAGCAAUGCGAAUUUGCUCGCGCAGCAGUCCCAAAGAGGGAGCUCGGCUAGUCUCCACCAGCAAAUGUCCCAGCAAGGUAACUCAGCUGCUGCACAGCAAUUGGGACAACGCCAAAGUGCACUCGCGCGUCUGCAGCAGAUGGCUGGAGGAUCCUCUGCACAGCAGCAGAGCCAAGACAAACCCGGUGGGGGCGGACUUCACAGAGACGCUUCCGGUGCUGGCCUACAGAGACAUCCGUCACAGGCUCAAAUGCAUGGUAGUGGAUCGACGGCCCAGUUGCAGCGGGAUGUCUCCAAAUCUCAACUACAACGAGACACUUCUCAUGCAAGUGUACACCAACGGAAUGCCGGCAUGCAAAACCAAGCAGGAUCCAAUGCCAACUGGAUGGCACCAGUUGCGGGCGCUGGAAAUGCACAGAGCAAUCGCGGUGAGCUUGGAGGCAUGCCGAACCAGUUUCCAAAUCAGAAUGCCAAUGCCAUGCAGCAGCGUCUCUCCCAGUCGUUUGGAAUGGGAGGGAACAACACUAACAUGUUCAAUAACAAUGGUAAUAUGAGCGAGCAGGAACUGUUGAUGCAGCAGCUCCGACAGCAGCAGCAGAGUCAGCAACAAAACCAACAGCAGGGUCAGCAGGACAACUUGCUCAACAUGGGGGGAAGCGGUGCCCCCAAUGGCGGCAAUAUGGCUCAAAAUCUUGGAAUGAACUUCCCAAAUCUUCAGCAGAAUCAGUCGCAAGGCGACGCGGCUGGAAUUGGAGGCGGUCAAGGCAUGUUGGGUAAUCUCGGUAGCGGACCAACCGCUCGUGGAGGAGGUAAUCAAGACAGUGCUAAUGCGGCCUCUCAGAAGUCUUUCUUGGAUGGAAACUUUGCUGGUGGUUGGCAGUCGAACGCGGAUCUCCCUGAUCGACGACACAUUAUCUUUAGCAUAUUGGAAGUCAUCAAGCAAAUGAGACCCGAUACGAACAAGAUUUCUCAAAAGUUACCUCACAUGGCCAAGAGCCUUGAGGAACAUCUUUACCGUUCAGCACAGACGAAAGAAGAAUAUCUAGAUUUGUCAACACUCAAGAAGAGACUACAAAUGAUAGCCCACGGCUUAGAGCUUCAUAGAUCCACCUCCAGCGGUGGCAGCGUGAGUUCGGGAAUGCAGAACGAUUCGAUGUCUCAGCAACAAAAUCAACAGAAGCAGCUUCUGCGACAAAUGGCAGGAAACGGCAUGGUUGGAGGAAACGCGGGACCUAACCAAAUGCGGCAAAAUGCUGCCCAGCAGGGCAACAUGAUAGGCGGUGGCGGCGGAGACGAUCAACUAGGCACCGGUCAAAACCAGGGCAUAGGAGGGCUAGCGUCGUCAAUUUUUCCUGGCGGCGACCCGAUCUCUGGCGGUGGUAGUGGCGGCGGCGGCAGUAAUGGUAACGGAGCAGGUGGCAACUCUGGGUUGGCGGGUGGGGAUUCAUCCAAGUAUCAAGACCCCAUUGCUCAGCAGAAGAAAAAAGUUAUCAGACAGCAGCAGCAGCGCCUUUUGUUGCUGCGUCAUGCCAGUAAAUGCACAGCAGGUCCUACCUGCAAGACGAAGUUCUGUGCCCAAAUGGUUACGUUGUGGAAGCAUAUGAAGAAAUGCAGGGACAAGAAUUGUUCGACUUCGCACUGUCUGAGCAGUCGAUGUGUUCUAAACCACUACCGAAUUUGCAAAAGUCAAGGAAGAACUUCCAGCUGCGAGGUUUGUGGACCCGUCAUGGAACAAAUUAAACGACAGGAGACGGGAGAAGACGCAUCCGCCGUGGAUCCCCUCACAAAGGAUCAGGAGAUGCCGGUGUUGGAUGGUCUCGUUUCUUCCUCGUCGACCACGAGUAUCAACCCCAUUAACAGCAACGAUGCCGGCAACAACAAUCCUUCUCAACCACAAUCAGAGGGCGACCAACAACAGCUGCAGCAGCUCCAUGUAGCUCAAAUGAAAUUGCAGAAUCAGUUGCAAGUAUUGAAACAAUUGCAGCGACAACAAGAGCAAUUGUUGCAACAACAAAGGCACCUUCAGGAACAACAGAGCCACAUCAAGGACCCUCACACGCAACAGGGGCAGCAGUUGCAGCAACAACAGGCACUAUUGCAGCAACUUCAGCAGCGCUGCCAACAGCAACAGGUCUUGCUACAGCAGGAGCUUGCGCUUCAAUCGAAUGCGAUCAACACAGCCAAGCAGAAGGCAAACGCAAACAACAACAACCAGGGCCCGACGCCAGGGGAAGAUCCACUAAGCAAUGCCGGUCUCGGUGGUCCUGUUCCGGGAGCUCCAACUUUGUCCGCGAGCAGUUCCAAGGAUCUCUCCGGAUCGAAGAGGGGUUCAGCCGCCCGUCGUUCGUCCAAAGGGAAAGGAAUGCGAGGAGGCAAAGGGGAGAAAAACCAUCGUCAGUCAGACAAAGACCUCUCGCUGGGCGGGAAACCUAGUUCCAAGCCACUUGAUGACGAUCUAUCUGUUGCAGAUCAGCAGCCAAAGAGGCGCCUGUCGUCAUCAAGCAAGGGCGACGGCCCGUUGAGCCCCUCAAUGCCCGAACCGGCGAGGAAGAUGAUCAAGCUAGAACCCCAAUUGAAAAACGAAGACGAAGAGAAGCCAAAUCCUCCUAACGACGCCUUGAGUGGCGAUUCAGAUAUUGGGGGACCAUUAGAAGCCAAAAAUGGUGGCAUCAAUGUGCACAUCGAAGAUCACGAAGCCAAGAAGCAGCUGGUUCUCGACACUCCCUUUGAAGGCGACGGUGGUGGAGGGUCCGCUUUGUCACGAGAAUCAAUUGAGAAGCGGUUGGAAGCGAUCGAAAAGCCGACCGAUAUGUCGUCUGAAGAUGUCACAAAAGAGUGUCUGCCACUGUUGCAAGACUUGAUCGACGACCCAUUCGGUUGGGUGUUUCGAGAUCCUGUGGACCCGGUCGCAUUGGGAUUGCCAGAUUACUUUGAUGUUGUCAAGACACCGAUGCAUCUCGAGCUGGUGAAAACAAAGCUGGAAGACCAGGCGUACAGUGAUUUGCAAUCAUUUCAGAAAGAUUGUUGUUUGGUUUUUGAAAACUCCAUCCUUUACAACGGGGAGAGCAGCGAAGUUGGCCAGCUUGCGUUAACUAUGCUUUCAACAUUUGCUAAUAAGUUCGAAGCCAAGGUGAAGAGUAUGCUACCACAAUCAGCAUCGGUGUAAGACGAUUGCCUGGGUUUUCAAAAUUUAAUGAGCAACAGCGACACCUGAUCGAAGCUCUGUACUAGUUACAGUUCUCAAACUUUAAAAAAAUAUAAUAAACAUACAAAAAGACACCGGAAGCUUCGUCAAUUAGUUCGUCUCUGCUUUGGCGUCUGUUACAUCUGGUAUCAAC